GGGGUUGAGGGGCAUUUGGGAGUUGCUGCCCCGGGGUGUUUGGGGUGUUCUGCUAGAGCUUAGACCUUCUCCCUUCCAGUGCUACCAAGCAGGUAAGGACACAACCAUGAGCCAUCACCUGCUCCAGUGCCCCUGCCCUGCGCUGGCUGGGCUGUCCCAGCACUGCCCUUCUCCUGUGUCACAUCCCAGGUGAAGGGACAAUGUCCUCGCGUGGCCCUGGAGUGCCCCUGGGGCUCGAUUCCCAGCCCAGCUGCAGCACCCCAGUGCCUGUACCAAGGAAUUCCCUCCUGGCACGGCCUCUCCCUUCCCCGUGGAGCUGCUCCCUCGCCCUGCCCGGCCACCAGGACCUCGAGGAGAGCUGCACCGGGUACGUGGCAGGGAUGAGCCCUGGCCUUGCAUGUUUGUCCUCAAGGGACAUGUCCCUUGUCUGGGGCGUGUUGGAUCCAGCCUGGGAGGCUCCCGAGGCUGGGCUGGGCUUGUUCCCUGUACCCUGGGCAAGGCUGGGGCUGUUCCCUCCAGGGCAAGGCUGGUGGGCACGGGCUGGGGCUAUUCCCUGUACCCAGGGCAAGGCUGGAGUCAUUCCCUGUGCCGUGGGCAAGGCUGGUGGGCACGGGCUGGAGUCAUUCCCUGUACCCAGGGCAAGUCUGAGGCUGUUCCCUCCAGGACAAGGCUGGUGGGCACAGGCUGGGGCUAUUCCGUGUGCCCAGGGCAAGGCUGGGCUUGUUCCCUGUACCCUGGGCAAGGCUGGAGCUGUUCCCUCCAGGGCAAGGCUGGUGGGCACAGGCUGGGGUUGUUCCCUGUGCCCAGGGCAAGGCUGGUGGGUGUCCGUGGUGUCUCUGCUGUCUCCCCACGGUGGCCUGGGCAGCAGCUGACCCCGUGUCCCCACGGCUGUGCCAGGAGCUGCUGUGAGCUGGGGGUGGCCCUGCUGGAGCGCCCCUGCCCGGGCCCCGACCCGCAGCUGGUGCGCAGGAUCGUGGCCCAGGUGGAGUUCUACCUGUCCGACGAGAACCUGGCCAGGGACGCCUUCCUCCUCAAACACGUGCAGAAGAACAAGAUGGGCUUUGUCAGCAUCAAACUGCUGACAUCCUUCAAGAAGGUGAAAUACCUGACCCGGGACUGGCGCCUCACCCUCUACGCCCUCAAGUUCUCGGCGCUGCUGGAGGUGAACAAGGAGGGCACCAAAGUGAGGCGGCGCCUCCCCAUCCCCGAGCACCUGCUGAGCGUCCCCCCCAGCAAGCUGCUGCUGGCCUGGGAGCUGCAGCCGCGGAAGCAGGACCUGCCCCUGCAGAAAAACUUCCUGGACACCAUCACGAGGAUGUUCAGCCCCUUCGGCGCCAUCGCCUCCAUCCGCCUGCUGCGGCCGGGCCGCAAGCUGCCCUCGGACGUGCGCAGGUACUCGGCGCGCUUCCCCGAGCUGCUGAGCCGCUGCUGUGCCCUGCUGGAGUACGAGAGCCUGGAGAGCGCCCGCAGCGCGGCCGAGAGCCUCGGGCAGCGCGACUGGCACGGCAUCAGAGUGGUGCGGCUGUGCGGGAAGGGCGGCAGGAAGAAAGCCGGGGAGGAGCGGGCGGCGGCUCUGAGCUUCCCCCGCAGCCCGCAGCGUUCCCUGCCCGGCGGCGCUCCCGAGCCCGAUGAUGCCUCGGGGUCGCUGUCCCUCCUCCUCAACCAGGACCUGCUGGCACCCACCUGGCCGGGCGGCGGGUUCACGCCGGGCAAUUCCAGCGCCUUCCCCGGGGAGGGCUGCCCUCCGCUCGGGGGGGGCGCCGAGAGCCGCCCGGGGGGCGCGGCGGGGUCCUGGACGCCCUGGGGCAGCGGCCUCUGUGCCAAAGGUGCCCCCGGCGAUGCUCGGGGGGUGUCCGAGCCCCUCAGCCUGUGGGACGGGGUCCUGCGCCUGCCCCACAGCCCCGAGGGCACCAAGGACUUCGGCUGCAGCUUCGGGAGAGAAGAACUCGUCCUGCGGCGCUGAGACUCCUUCAGAUUCAGGGCUAGCGUUUGUAAUUGUCUUUCUUUUCCCUUCUUCUUUCGAGAGGAAGACUUUCCUAUGGUCCUGCGAGCUGGGGGCAGUGGCAGUGCAGCUGAUCCAGGGGACAGAAGUUUUGGGGCGAGGGCGAUGCUGGAGGCAGAGGCUGAGCAGCAGCAGGAGCUGUGCUGUGCUCAUGCCAGUGAGACGGUGCUUGCUCAGGGCCCAGAGCUGCGUUUGGGGUCCAGGUUUUGGAUGAGAAAUGGACAAUAAAGAGAGAUUAAGUUUCCAGGCACUCUAUGGAUGCUGUGAUUUUUUUUUUUUCUUUUUUAUUGUU